AAAAGGUCAUUUCCGGGGAAGUGCAGCCACGCUUUGUGGGCUGCAAUAUGGAGGCGAGCAGUGGAACGGAUGAGUUGGUUUCCGGGGAACUGGUGUCUGUGGCACACGCUCUUUCUCUCCCAGCCGAGUCUUAUGGCAACGAUCCUGAUAUUGAGAUGGCUUGGGCCAUGAGAGCAAUGCAGCAUGCUGAAGUGUACUACAAACUGAUUUCAUCAGUUGACCCACAGUUCCUGAAACUGACCAAAGUGGAUGACCAAAUCUACUCUGAGUUUCGGGAAAAUUUUAAGAAACUCAGAAUAGGUGUAUUGGACCCAGAAGAGCUCAAAUCAGAAUCAGCUAAAGAGAAGUGGAGGCCAUUCUGCUUGAAGUUUGAUGGGAUUGUAGAAGACUUCAACUAUGGUACUUUGCUGCGACUGAAUUGUUCUCAGGGCUACACUGAGGAAAACACCAUCUCUGCACCCAGGAUACAAUUUUUUGCCAUUGAAGUUGCUCGGAACCGGGAAGGUUAUAACAAAGCAAUUUAUACUAGUGCUCAGGACAAAGAGGAAGAGAAAGGAGUCAACAGUGGAAGAGACAAAGGAGCCAGCAGUGGAGGAGAAGAAGAGAAAGGAGCCAACAGAGAAGGAGAAAAAGAGAAAACCAAGAAAGCAGGAGAAAAGGAGAAAGAAGCCUGCAAAGAAAUGAACAAAAGUGGUGAAACAGCUGUGUGAGGUAGACAGGGAAUAGCACUCUAGAAGCCGUGAUUUAACUAAGACUACAAGUACCAUGAUGCUCCUUGC